UUUUGCUUCUCAAGAUGGGAGGGUGAGCCUUCGCCCGCGGGACUCAACAAGCUUCAGUGUGUGUCUAAAAAGCAGCCCGCUCGCUGCGAAACGAUGACUGCAAACAAGUGACGGGAGAGAAAUUUUGGAUGAGCAAGAUGGCGAGGACUGGAACAGAGAAGAAGCUACUUGCUAACACGAUGACGCCAAAAAGAAACCUGUAAGUAAAGAGUUGUGAUUCUCCGUUGACUACCCACUUUAGAAGUAAAGAGAUCAAAAUGAACCCGGAGGUAAGCGCAGGAAAAGCUCCGAACUUGGCGCAAAUGGCCGCCUCCAAACUCUCCCAGAUGGGGGACAGAACUAAAGAGCUCGGCAGCGCCAUGCAAGAGCCCACUCGACAGAACCGCAUCAUCCUGGUCAUCGUGUGCGUGGUUCUGCUUCUGGACAACAUGCUCUACAUGGUUAUCGUGCCCAUCAUCCCGGACUACCUGCGGGAUCUGCAGCAGGCGGCGGAGCGCGCGCAAACUCCAGCGCCUCCGACGCACGGCAACUCCAGCAACAUCAGUGCGCACCAACGCGCCUCCACUGGCGAGGACAACUAUGACUUGCAGAUUGGAGUGCUGUUCGCCUCCAAAGCCAUCGUGCAGCUGCUCGUCAACCCCCUGAGCGGCACUUUCAUCGACCGGGUGGGUUACGACAUCCCACUGGUGAUCGGCCUGAGCAUCAUGUUCUUGUCCACGCUCAUUUUCGCCUUCGCGGAGAACUACGUUACGCUGUUCGUGGCGCGCAGCAUGCAAGGCAUUGGCUCGGCCUUCGCGGACACGUCGGGCAUCGCGCUCAUCGCCGACCGCUACACGGAGGAGGCGGAGCGCAGCAAGGCACUGGGCAUUGCGCUGGCCUUCAUCUCCUUCGGGAGCCUGGUGGCGCCCCCCUUCGGCGGGAUUCUGUACGAGUUCGCCGGCAAGCGCGUGCCCUUUCUCAUCCUGUCCGCCGUGUGCCUGGUGGAUGGGGUCAUGUGCCUCGUGGUGCUCAAGCCCUUCUCCAACCGGGAACGGGCCAACAUGCCAGUGGGGACGCCUAUCUACCGGUUGAUGAUGGACCCGUACAUUGCGGUGGUGGCCGGAGCGCUGACCAUCUGCAACAUCCCGCUGGCCUUCCUGGAACCCACCAUCGCCACGUGGAUGGAGGAAACCAUGAGCGCCUCCCAGUGGGAGAAGGGCAUGACGUGGUUCCCCGCCUUCUUCCCGCACGUGCUGGGGGUCUUCCUCACCGUCAAGCUGGCCGCCAAGUACCCGCACCUGCAGUGGUUCUACGGCGCCAUCGGCAUGGUGUUCAUCGGGGCCAGCUCGUGCACGGUGCCGGCGUGCAAGAACUUUGGCGAGCUGAUGAUACCGCUGUGCGGGAUCUGUUUCGGCAUCGCCUUCGUGGACACGGCCCUGCUGCCCACGCUGGGCUUCCUGGUGGACGUGCGCCACGUGUCCGUGUACGGCAGCGUUUACGCCAUCGCCGACAUCUCCUACUGCGUGGCCUACGCCAUGGGGCCGGUGGUGGCCGGCAAGAUUGUGCACGACCUGGGCUUCGUGCAACUCAACCUGGGCAUGGGCCUAGCCAACGUGCUCUACGCGCCCGCCCUGCUGCUGCUGAAGAACGUGUCGCAGAUGAGGCCGUCGCGCUCGGAGAGGAACAUACUGCUGGAGGACGGCCCCACGGGACUGUACGACACCAUCAAAAUGGAGCAGAAGGAGAAGAAAAGGAAAGGCCUGUGCACCACCGUGAACGAGAACGGCAUCGAGACGUUCGUGCAGCGCUCCUUCUCUGAGGAGGAGUCCUCGGGUGGCGAGUAUGCGUGAAGCAAGGAAAAGUGAGACCGAGGCUGAGCCCACUGAGUUUUUCAGCAAACAACUUCCGCUAGGUUCCACAGAUUUAAAAAAAAUAAAAUAACUACACAAAUACGGAAGUGGUGAAUAGGCGGAGUUGACUAUACUUAGUUUUCAAUUGAAGUGCCAAAUGUAAUUGUGUCCUUCUCGCUUGAGCUUUUUUGCAGUAGAUGAUAGCCAUGCAGUGGCCUUUAAAAAAGUGAUUGUCUAAGUUUACAAUUCAGGGAUUAUUGUCAUCAGUGCAUUUGAAUACACACAGUCAAUGUAUGUAUUUUUUCAGUUGCACGUCUAUGAACUCAACAAUUAUGCAAAAUAAUCCGUGUGUGUGUCCCUGAAUCAGAUUUUUUUUUUUUCUUAGGAUUGACAUUGUAAUCAUGGAAUGCAAAGCCUCAAUGUGUGAUCUGCGAUGUACAGAUAUUCAAUGUUAUUAUCUGAACUGCUCUGCUUUGGGGAAUCAUUAAAACAAUGUUUCCCAAAUUGU